AUGAAGGCUCGUUUUGAAACCUUCGAUCUUCGUAAGCAUAUCAAGAAUAAAAAAAUUUCUAACAUCCGACAAUUGGGAAUUGAUCGUUUGGUGGAUAUCACGUUUGGUUUUGAGCAGUACGCCUUCCAUCUUAUCGUUGAACUCUACGGCAAAGGAAAUAUUUUUCUGACAGAUGCUGACUACACCAUUCUGCACUUACUUCGCCCACGAACAGAUGUUGAUCAGGAUGUCAGAUACGCCACCCGUGAGCGAUUCCCCAUCGAACUAGCCAGACCCGUUCCUGAAUGUCUGAUUGAUUUGAGAGAUUCCUCCAGCUUUGAAAAUCUUGUCCAAACUAUUGCUGAUCUUCUAGUUGAUGCUUCCGGACCCUGGAACACUGGCCUACCGGCUGAAGGCGCAGAACGUCUUCCUGUGAUCUCUGUGCUAAGCAACGUUUUCUCCUACGGUACCAGUCUUAUUGAACAUUGCUGCUUCCUUGCUGGUCUAUCAAAUGUUAAACGCCGAAAAGUAGCUGGAAACCCUGAAGUUGACCCUCAAGUCCCCUCCGAUCCUAACGCUUGUCGCUUAGACUAUAGCACAAAAAUCGCUAGUGCUCUUCGUGAAGUCCUUCUUCAAAUCUCCGAGAAGAGAGUCAUUACAGAUAAUGGCACGGUUUCAACACCUGCAGUCGUAUUGGGCAUUCCAAGCUCUACAGAACCUGGGAAGUUGAACAAAUAUGAUUCCUAUUAUCCUCUCCGUUUUGCGCAUCUGUCUUCAAAACCUGGUAUCGAGUUUGCGUCUUUUAAUAAAGCUGUGGAUGAAUUUUACUCCAGCUUGGAAAUUCAACGAAACGAGGUCCAUAGCAUCCAAAAUGCAAAGAGUGCAAACAAGAAGUUGGAGAAUAUUAAGAGAGAUCAGGAACAGAGGCUAAAAGCCCUGAAGGAAGAGCAGAUCUUGGAUAAUCAGAAGGCGCAACUACUGGAAUUGAAUAUGGACCUAGUUGACAAGGUGAUAAUGACGCUGAACUCGGCGAUAGCCAAUCAGACAAGUUGGAAAGUGUUGGAAGAGGUGCUGGAAAAGCAGAAAGAACGAGGGAAUGAUCCUGUGGCUAAUUGUAUCGUCCGCCUUCAACUGGCUUCGAAUCAGGCGAUAUUGCGGCUUAGUAAUCUUUACGCGGAAGAUGAAGAUGAGAAAGCGAUCACUCAGGAGGUUCUAGUGGAUCUGGACUCCACGGCCUUUCAAAACGCCAAAAAGUACUACACACAUCGACGACAGGCAGAGGCUAAGGAACGAAAGACAAUUGCGGGGACAGCAAUUGCCCUGAAGGCGGCGUCUAGGAAGGCAGAGAAGACGCGGAAAGGGGUUCGUGAAGCACCAAAAUUAGCCAAAACCCGGAAACCAUUUUGGUUUGAGAAAUUCCACUGGUUCAUUAGCUCGGACAAUUACCUUGUGCUGGCCGGUCGAGAUGAUGUUCAAAACGAGACUCUCAUCAAACGCUACUUCAGCCAACACGAUAUCUACGUUCACGCCGACAUCCAUGGUGCUAGCAGCGUUAUCGUCAAGGCACGAGCGCUUCAGGCCUGCGAGAAGCCGACUGAAGAUUCAGAGGACAGCGCAACUGCUAUCCCCCAACCACCAAUGCGGACCCUGUUCGAGGCGGGCCAUAUGGCAGUUGCCCUGAGCAACGCGUGGUCCGCCAAAGUCAUCACUAAUGCCUGGUGGGUGCGGUACGAUCAGGUCUCGAAGACUGCACCAUCUGGGGCGUAUUUGCCGACGGGAUCUUUUGUGAUUCGAGGCAGGAAGAAUGUGCUGCCUCAGUGUCUCCUCACUUAUGGCAUUGGAAUUUUGUUCAAGCUCGGCGAGGAUUCGGUGGAACGACAUGUUGGGGAACGUUGCAUAGAUUUGGAGGCUGUAGAAGAAACAAAUGCCAUUCUGAAGAGGUACGAUAUUACACCGCAGGCAGAUGACAACGCUGAAGAAGAAGAUGAAGAAGAGAGCGAUGUUGCCAAAGCCUUUAGCAACGUGACACUUAAUCUGAAUAUCAAUAGGAUCAAAAAACCACGAUCAGAGGCAGUUCAACAGCGCAAAAAGGGGAAUGCCCAAGCGAAAGAGACUCCUCCAAGCCGAGCCCAACCAAAGGCCAAAUCUACAGGCCCAAAUCCACUCAAACGCGGUCAGAAGGCAAAAAUGAAGCGCAUUCGGCAGAAGUAUGCCGAUCAGGAUGAAGAGGAGCGGCAGAUGCGGCAGCGCAUUCUUCAAGGCGCAAGUGGGAAGCUGAGCGCGGUCCAUGCGUUCGGCAAGGCUCCUCGACCUGAGGAGGAGGAGGAGGAAGAAGAAGAAGAAGAAGAAGUGGAGAAACAAGAGGAAAGGGAAGAACAAUCACUUCCACAGGUGGAGGGCGAUGAGGAGAGGGGACCUUCAGAGGCGGCUGAUGAGUUGGAGAAGGAGAAGGCGGUUGUGACAGUUCCAGAAUUGAAGGAAGGUGAUUUAAAGGACGAUUCUGCUGCUGAAUUGGGGGAAGUUUCAAUGUUGGGGACGUUGACUGGGCAGCCGGUGCGUGAGGACAGUCUUCUUUUUGCACUACCCUUCUGUGCGCCAUUCAGCGCUCUGCAGAAAUUCAAGUACAAGGCGAAGCUACUCCCGGGAGUUCAGAAGAAAGGCGAGAUUACGAGGUUGGCGAUCAGGCACUUCACCAUGGACAAAGCGGCAAGCGAAUUGGAGAAACAGCUGAUUCAGGCUAUCAGGGAGGAGGAUGUGUGUCGUGUGCUGCCGGGAUCGGCGAAAAUAGCGUUUCCUGAAUUGGCAUCGAGACCUGCGAGCGGUCGCGACGGUUCUUCCACUGUACAGCAUCAAAAUUUGAUUUGA